AUGGCAGCCGGCGGUGUGGGGCCCGCGCAGCACCAGGCGCCGAACGGCGCCUCCGGCAGCGUCAGCAACGGCAGUGCUGCCGCCGCCACGCCGCUGCACGGCUCGGCGGCCUCCAUCGCCAACGGCGCCGCCGACGGGUACGACAGCGACGGCUACAGCUUCGCGCCCCCUACACCGUCAACGUUGUCAAUGUCCAUACCUCCUGAGCUUGCUGGAGCUAUUCCAUUAAUUGAUCGAUUCCAGGUGGAGGGCUUUCUCAAAGCAAUGCAAAAGCAGAUUCAUUCAGCUGGAAAACGCGGAUUUUUUUCUAAAAAGUCUGUUGGGCCACAAGCUCGUGAGAAGUUCACUUUGGAAGAUAUGUUGUGCUUUCAAAAGGAUCCUAUUCCAACUUCAUUACUAAAGAUAAGCAGUGACCUUGUAAGCCGCUCAAUUAAGUUGUUCCAUGUCAUACUAAAGUACAUGGGCAUCGAUUCACCAGCAAUAAUAAGUUUAGAGGAGAGAAUAGAACUUGUUGCAAAGCUCUACAAGCAUACGUUGAAGCGUUCUGAACUUCGAGAUGAACUCUUUGCACAGAUUUCAAAACAAACACGUAACAAUCCUGAUAGGGGUUGGUCAAUAAGAGCUUGGGAGCUUAUGUACCUGUGUGCAUCAUCUAUGCCACCAAGCAAAGAUAUUGGGGCAUACUUGUCCGAGUAUGUUCACUAUGUUGCCCACGGAGCCACAACUGAUUCUGAUGUUCGAGUUCUAGCACUGAACACACUAAAUGCAUUAAAGCGAUCAGUCAAGGCAGGUCCUAGGGUUACAAUUCCUGCACGGGAGGAAAUAGAAGCUCUUUUGACAAGCCGGAAGCUUACAACAAUUGUAUUUUUCUUGGACGAAACUUUUGAAGAAAUCACCUAUGACAUGGCAACAACUGUUGCUGAUGCUGUUGAGGAACUUGCUGGCAUUAUCAAACUUUCAGUGUAUUCUAGUUUCAGCCUAUUUGAAUGUCGGAAGGUUGUUAACGGAUCAAAGUCUUCCGAGGUUGGCAAUGAGGAAUACAUUGUAUUAGAUGAUAACAAAUAUAUUGGCGACUUGCUAUCUGAAUUCAAAUCAGCUAAGGAUCGCAACAAAGGAGAAAUUCUUCAUUGCAAACUUGUAUUCAAGAAACGUCUGUUCCGCGAGUCGGAUGAGGCUGUGACUGAUCCAAUGUUUGUUCAGCUAUCAUAUGUCCAGUUGCAACAUGAUUACAUUUUGGGAAACUAUCCUGUCGGCAGGGAUGAUGCUUCACAACUCUCUGCUCUGCAAAUCUUGGUUGAGAUUGGAUACAUUGACAAUCCUGAGUCCUUUGUUGAAUGGAUGCCACUUUUAGAGAGAUUUCUUCCUAGACAAGUGGCGAUUACCAGAGCAAAGAGAGACUGGGAGCUUGACAUCAUUUCACGCUUUCAGUUAAUGGAACACUUAUCAAAGGACGAUGCACGACAACAAUUUCUCAGAAUCUUAAGGACUCUUCCAUAUGGGAACUCUGUUUUCUUCAGUGUUCGGAAGAUUGAUGAUCCAAUAGGAUUGCUACCUGGAAAAAUUAUUUUGGGAAUCAACAAACGAGGGGUUCACUUUUUCCGCCCGGUUCCCAAGGAAUAUCUUCAUUCUGCAGAACUAAGAGACAUCAUGCAAUUUGGUAGCAGCAAUACUGCUGUUUUCUUUAAAAUGCGAGUUGCUGGUGUUCUUCAUAUCUUUCAAUUUGAAACAAAGCAGGGCGAGGAAAUAUGUGUAGCACUUCAAACACAUAUAAAUGACGUCAUGCUCCGCAGAUAUUCAAAAGCACGCUCUGCUAAUAGUGUGACAUUGCAAGAUGAUGUUAACCAAGCAUAUAAGCCACCAAAUAUCGAAAUGUAUGAGAAGCGUGUCCAAGAACUGACAAAAACAGUCGAGGAAUCUCAGAAGAAAGCAGAUCGGUUGCAAGAAGAUCUACAGUUGAAGACAAAACAAGAAACGGAGAUGCAAGAAGAGUUGGAAGGGCUAAGAGAUACCUUGCAAUCUGAACGACAAAGUUCCAAAGAAGUAAAAAAUGAGCUUGAUAAACUAAAAUCUCUAUAUGAUGAGAAAGAAUCUGCUUUGCAGGCUGCCCUGAUGGAAAAAAGUAGACUUGAAACUAGAUUAACAAAUGGCCAGGGCCGUGAGAGAGAUACUUUGACAAUUGUAGGCAGCGUCAAUAGUGACAUUGAGAUGCUUACCAAACUUAAGGAGGAGUUGAAAUCAUACCAAAAGGAGCUUGAUGCAUCAAAAGAGGUCUUGAAGAAGCUAAUGUCGGAAAAGAAUCUUCUUGAGCAAAAAGUUCAAAGGCUUGAAAGAAUGAAAAAUGAAGAGAAAAGCAAAAUGGAAAUGGUUUAUGCGGAUGAAUGCCGUAAACUGAAAUCUCAAAUUGCUGAAUUGGAGCAGAAAUUGGAAGUUGCGACACAUUCUUUAAAUGUGGCUGAGUCAAAUCUUUCUUUAAGAAAUGCUGAGGUUGAUGGCUUGCAAAAUAGUCUGAAAGAACUUGAUGAGUUAAGAGAGUUCAAAGCGGAUGUUGACAGAAAGAACCAACAAACUGCUGAAAUUCUUAAAAGGCAAGGAGCACAAUUGGUGGAACUUGAGAAUGUUUAUAAGCAAGAACAGGUUCUGCGAAAGCGUUAUUAUAAUACAAUUGAAGAUAUGAAAGGAAAAAUAAGAGUUUUUUGUCGCUUGCGCCCUCUAAGCGAUAAGGAACGUUCUUUCGAGGAGAAAAAUAUAGUUUGUAGUCCUGAUGAAUUUACAAUUGCACAUCCUUGGAAAGAUGAAAAGUCGAAGCAACAUAUAUAUGAUCGUGUUUUUGAUGCAAACACAAGUCAAGAAGAAGUCUUUGAGGAUACUAAGUAUCUGGUACAGUCAGCUGUUGAUGGAUAUAAUGUUUGUAUAUUUGCGUAUGGCCAAACUGGUUCUGGGAAGACUUUCACGAUUUAUGGUUCAGAUAACAAUCCUGGUCUUACUCCAAGGGCCACAUCUGAACUUUUUAGGGUGAUAAAGCGCGAUAGUAACAAAUAUUCAUUUUCUUUGAAGGCAUAUAUGGUGGAGCUUUAUCAAGAUAAUCUUGUGGAUUUAUUGUUGCCUAGAAAUGCAAAGCAGCUAAAGUUAGAGAUAAAAAAAGAUUCCAAGGGUGUUGUUACUGUUGAAAAUGCGACAGUUGUGAGCAUUUCAAGUAUUGAGGAACUGAGGGCUAUAAUUUCAAGAGGUUCUGAGAGGAGGCACACUGCAGGAACGAAUAUGAAUGAUGAGAGUUCAAGGUCUCAUCUAAUUCUUUCAAUCAUUAUUGAAAGUACAAAUCUCCAAACUCAAUCAUAUGCAAGAGGCAAGCUAAGUUUUGUGGACCUUGCUGGUUCUGAGAGGGUGAAAAAAUCUGGUUCAGCAGGAAAGCAAUUGAAAGAAGCACAAAGUAUAAAUAAAUCUCUUUCUGCUUUGGCUGAUGUUAUUGGUGCUUUAUCUUCUGAUGGACAACAUAUACCUUACCGGAACCAUAAGUUAACAAUGCUUAUGAGUGAUUCUCUCGGAGGCAAUGCGAAGACCUUAAUGUUUGUGAAUGUUUCACCAGCAGAGUCUAACUUGGAGGAGACUUACAACUCACUGAUGUAUGCUUCACGGGUUCGUUGCAUUGUUAAUUAUACGAGCAAGCAUGUUGCCCCAAAAGAAAUCAUGAGGUUGAGGAAGUUGAUCGCCUACUGGAAGGAGCAAGCAGGCAAGCGGAGUGAUGGGGACGAAUUAGAGGAGAUACAGGAAGAGAGGAUCUCAAAAGAGAGAGCAGACAAUCGCCUGACUGGCUGA